AUGCUUAUCGGUUUUUUUCUUACCAUUUUGUGCGUAUACAAUGAUGGUAGAAUAGACAUAAAACAGCUAUUUCUGAUAGUAAACUCUCGGCUACUAUUAAAAGAAGAACGCGAAAAAGUAAAACGGAAGAAUUGGACUUUUGAACCUACAUACAAAAAGUCGCUUUCCGACAGUAUCAAAAGCGAAUGUAAGUACAAGUCAAGGUUUGAGAAUGUGAAGCAUUCAAAACAAUCUACGGCCUUGCCAAUUGGUAGGAGACCGAUGGCAGUGCCAAUGAAAAGAAUUGCCGGAGAAAACCAAGACGGUAGCUUUUCCGACGGUCAACAUAGUAAGUACCAGACCAAACUAUUAAAAGCUGCUGGUAAAAGACUCCAUGUCUUGUUCAAGGAGUUUAAGUACCGGGCUCUUGCUAUUGUAAUUCCUUACUCCGUUGCAGCCUUUGAACGAUGGAGCAGGGAGAAAUUCAAGAAGUUCAUUAGUAUUAUCAAGCAGGAUAAGGCCUUAACCAGGGAACUACAAUAUCUUCAGCUUCGCUCCACUUUCUUGGACAAAACUGGAGAAUUACACUACAUAUAUUAUAAAGACAGAGACUACAUUUAUUGCAAUGAUAUUCAAAAUAAUAAAGAAGUUCAUUUUUGCUACUUGGCUUUCAUUCAAGGUCGUAGUGUUUCAUUGACCCUAAUUGUGACAAAAUGA